GAAUUAAGAUUCUAAUGAUGACCGUGAAUCCAAGGUUGGAAAAACCCAUCUGGUUCACCAAUAUCCUUUAGGGAAGGAAACUGCCAUCCUUACUUGAUCUGGCCUACAUGCGACUCCAGACCCUCAGCAAUGUGGUUGACUCUUAACUGCCCUCUGGACAAUUAGGGAUGGGCAAUAAAUGCUGGGCCUGGUCAGAGGCACCAUCAUCCUGUGAAUGAAUAAAAAUACAAAAAUGAUCUCAGAACCAGUUAAACAGGUCUGUGUGUGUGUGUGUCUGUGUGUGUGUGUGGAUUGAUUUGGAUUGAGGUGGAGGGAAAUUCUUUUGCACAUAUCAGGUUCUUGAGGGGCUCAUCUGGCUAGUCUAGGUCCAGAGGGCACAGUCUCGGGAUAAAGGAGCAAUUUAAGGCUGAGAUAAUGGUAAUUUCUUCUAUGAGUGUUGGAAUUCAAUGAUCCAGAGAGCCACAGUCUUUAUUAUAUUGAAACAGUGAGAUUAUUGAUCAGUCGGGGAAGCAAGGGUUACAAGGAAUGUGUGGAAAAGUGAACUUGAGGAAUGUCAGGUCAGCUACGAUCAAACAGAAGCCUCUGUCGUUGAGCAGGCAGGAGGGUUGGAUUCAGUGAUAUAAAUUGCCUGGGAGGGGUGCAAUCAGGUGUUCCUCAGUACUUUCUGCACAUCUGCUUUGAGACAAAUGGCUUGAACAGUGUGGUGAGAGAUAAUAGGAACUGCAGAUGCUGGAGUGUGGUCUUUGUUCCUAUUGGAGCCGGGGAAUCUCUCCAACAGAGGCAAAGACAGAAGGAGGCCGUGAUGUCCGGCAAGUGCAGAACCCAAGCCUUGCAACUAUCUCUGCUCUUCAUCGUUAUAACCAGUUUCAGCUUCAUGGUGCGCACAGUUUCCUAUUAUUCAGCUAGAAGUCACAGUUUGGAAACCCCGCUAGAACCUCCCUGCGUUCCUAAGAAGAACCUGGUCUUCCUGAAGACCCACAAAACGGCCAGCAGUACCAUCCUGAACAUCCUGUAUCGGUAUGGAGAAGCCCACAACCUCACAUUUGCUCUACCCUUUUACGACCACUUGGGCUACCCUCAAAGGUUCAAGGCAGGAUUCGUCAAAAACUUCAAUAAGGUUCGCCCCGGCCAGUUCAACAUCCUGUGCAACCACAUGAGGUUCUACCACCCAGAGGUGAGAAAAGUGGUGCCGAGCGAUUCGUUUUACUUCUCCAUCGUCAGGGAUCCGAACCGACUGGCCGAGUCCUCCUUCGCCUAUUACCGCUUCUACUCACCGGCCUUCAGAAAGGCCAAGAGCCUGGAUGAGUUUGCAGCUUCCGUCGAGAGUCACUACAAGGGCCUGGAGCUGAACAACCACUAUGCCCACAACCUCAUGUGGUUCGACUUCGGCCACGACAACAACAUGGAGGAUGUGCCCGGUUACGUUGACGCCAUCAUCGCCGAGCUGGACCGGAUCUUCGGCCUGGUGCUGGUCGCCGAGUACUUUGACGAGUCGCUGAUCCUCCUCAAGGAGGCGCUGUGCUGGAACUUGGAGGACAUGGUCUACUUCAAGCUCAACGCCCGCUCCAGCAACUCGGUUGCACCAAUGGACGCCAGCACGGCAGAGAGGCUCCGGGCCUGGAACCACCUGGACUGGACACUCUACAACCACUACAAUGCCACAUUCUGGCAGCGGGUCUCCGUCUACGGCGCCCAGAGAAUGGAGAGGGAUGUGGCCCAGUUGAGGGCCCUGAGCCACCGCCUGGCCUCCGUCUGCCUCCAGAUCAGUAACUCUACCGGCUAUGGGGCAUCCAAGACCAUGGCCCACGCUGCUGGUACUGCAGAACUCCUGGGCUACGUGUUGAAGGCCAACCUCAGCGGUGAUGACUUGGAGCUCUGUCACCGUAUGGUACUUCCCGAGAAGCAACACCUCGCCCUCUUGCAGAGGUGGCAGUACCCAAAGACUCCACCCGUAAGGAAACAGUUUAAAUGAAGAACGACUGGACCUGAGCAGGCUGGGCCAAAUGGCCUGGAUCAGUGCCACAGAUGUUCAAGUUAAUGUUCGGUGAAUGAUUGGAGAGGGGUGGCAGGGUCUCUGAGGUGAUGGCAUGUAAAAGGGGAGCAUGGACGUUGUGGGACAGCAGGCAUUCGGUGACAAAGGUGGCACCAGGUGAAGGCAGUUCCACCAAAAUGGACAAUAGGUGCAGGAAAUGUCAUUAUCUGUCCACAGCUUUGGGAAUGUUCAGUUGGAAGGGACGUCAUAAAAAUGAAGUUCUUCCACUGUAGUGACAUGGACUUUCUUUUGUGUAACACAGCCCUUUGCCUUCUACUAUUACUCUCGAAAAUUAAUUAAUUGUAAAUAAAUUCAGUUCACUGUA